AUUCACAGAAAUGAUUUCAUCUCAAUUAGCCAUAGUAAGAAGAAGGAAGAAGAGACAAAUUGAAUUACUUGUACUUCUCAUGGUUGUUAACAAUGUCGUCACACUCAUGUACUUGGUGAUGUGUAUGAUGGGUGUAAUUGUUUAUGAAAUUGAACGACCACGUUAUAGCAAAAGUGAGAAGAAACACCUUAGACAAAAGCACUUGGAUGCACUAAUCAAGGAUAGUGAUAUAGUCUGCAAAAGUGAACUUCGUGUGAAUAGAAAAACCUUUUAUGUCCUUUGUGAGAUGGUUCGAGAUGUCGGUGGUUUAAAUGGCACUCGAAAUAUAUCUUUGGAGGAAAUUGUAGCUAUGUUCUUGUACACGUUGGCACAUCAUUUGAAAAAUAGGACAAUUAGAAGUCAUUUCUUUCGAAGUGGAGAAAGUGUUAGUAGAAACUUCCACCGAUGUCUUCUUGCCGUGUUAAAACUACAUACACACUUGCUAAAAAAGCCGACACCUAUAACAGAAGAUUGUGAAGUGGAUAGAUGGAAAUGUUUUAAGAAUUGUUUAGGAGCCUUAGAUGGCACUCAUAUUAGUGUUCAUGUGCCAAGUGAGGAUAGUGUAUGUAACCCUAAUUUGGAGUUCAUAUAUGUUCAACCUGGUUGGGAAGGAUCCGCUCAUGAUGGUCGUGUCCUUCGAGAUGUUAUUACUAGGCCUAAUGGUUUAAAAGUGCCGCAAGGUUCCUACUAUUUGGUAGAUGCAGGAUACACGAAUUGUGAAGGGUUUUUAGCACCAUAUAGAGGUCAUCCAUAUCACCUUAAAGAGUGGGGGGACCGACAACCAAUUAGUGCGGAAGAGUACUUCAACAUGAAACAUUCUAAGGCAAGGAAUGUUAUUGAGAGAUGUUUUGGACUAUUAAAAGGAAGGUGGGGUAUUCUUAGGACCCCAUCCUUCUUUCCAAUACGUACUCAUGGGCGUAUAGUUCAAGCAUGUGUACUAUUACACAAUCUUAUUCGAAAACAUAUGCCAACAGAUUACACAAUGUAUUGGGAUUUCGAUAGUGAAGAAGGUGAAAGUGAUGAUGAGGGCCUACAUGAUGAAGUUGAUUUGAUUACUCAAAUAGCUACUACAAAUGCUUGGACUGCUUAUCGGAAUAACUUAGCACAAACUAUGAUGAAUGUUGGUCAAUUUGUUCAAAGUGGAAGAGGGAAAAACAAGCGAUCAUGGAAUAAAUCUGAGGAAGAGUGUUUGAUUAAUGGUUUGUUGGAGAUGAGCGCCGAUCCUUCAUGGAAAGCUGAUGGGAGUUUCAAAGGUGGUUACAAGAAUAAGUUAGAGGAGAAAUUGAAUGAGAAGUUUCCCGAGUGUGGGUUGAAAGUUAUUCCCCAUAUUGAAUCAAAAAUCAAAUGGUUUAAGGAUAAAUAUAAUGUGCUAACUGAAAUGUUUCUCACUUAUGGUUUUUCUUGGGAUAAUGAAAAGAAUAUGAUUGUUUGUGAAAGGCAAUCUUAUGAAGAAUUUUGUAAGCAACACAGAAAUGCUCAAAGAUUAUGGAAUGUUCCUUUUCCAUUUUAUGAUCAACUUUCAAUUAUCUUUGGUGCCGAUCGAGCUACUGGAGUGCAAUCUGACACUUUUGUUGAAGCUGUUGACAAUCAAGAGAAAGAGACCAUUGAACUAGAUAAGGGUGGUAGUGAUGAAGACGAUGAAUUUGAUGAUUAUGAGUCCGUCAACCAGUCAAAAGAAUCAACUCCAAGUGAACCUUCUUCAAAGAAAGCCAAAAAAGAAAAGGCUCCAAAUGAACUAGGAAGGAAAAGGAAGAAGCCGGAGGUUGUGGACUUAACUUCUAUGAACAAGCACAUGUCUACCAUUGCAAGUGCCUUCUCUACUACACAACUACAUGAGCAAGCUAUCAUGGCUCGUGAAGAAGUUGAGGAAAAUAAAAAAGAAAAUUUGGUUAGUCAAUUGCUUCGCAUAGAAGGAUUGACAAGAUUUGAAAUAAUGGAAGCUUCCAAGAGGUUGGCCUCCAAUCCAAGUGAACUCUCACUCUUUUACCAAUGCCCGGAUGAUGAGUGGAAGAAAGAGUUUAUAAUCAACCUCAUUCAUCCUAACUUGGAUAAGUGA